UGUUCAAAGAAGACUUACCACUGUUUCUCUCUCUCUCUCUCUCUUCUUCGUCCUUUCUUUUUCUGGGAAACGCUAAAAAAAAUUCUCGGGAAAAAAAAAUAUAUAUUGGAGAGAGGGUUUUUGGAUUCGCAGAAACUUGGCGAGUAAGUUUAAUUGCACACCAGUUCCGAUUUCACCGAGAAGAAUCGCUCAGUUGAUUCAUCGCUUCGCGGAUUUUGAUUCCUUUAGGUUCGUUGCAAUUGAUGCGAGUAGAAAGAUACUUUUCAGCUUCCACGAGUUGAAUGAGAGCCUAAUCCUAGGUGGUUUUGGGAUUGUUUUAGCUUCAAUAUGAAUACUUGGAAAAUAUUGCUCGGCAAGAUGUGAGUUACAAGGCCUUUCUGUUCCAGAGUUCCUGAAUCCGUGCAGGAACUUGGUCUUUUCAAAAGCUCACGGGAGAAGAUAAGGGUUGAUUCCUGGGAUUUCACCCUUUAUUCCUGUUGAGCUCUCUUCAUUCCCAGGAAUCCGGUUCUUCAGGAUUUAGGAAUAGUAGUGUACAGUUGGAAUGUCAGUUGCUAGUGUAGCGUUGAGUCCAGCCCUGGAGGAACUUAUCAACUUUCCAGGUAUUAUUGGACGGUUUGGUUCGAACUUAGACGACCCAAUCUUGGUUUUCCUGACUAUUGCUGGAUCUGUGAUCCCGAAGCGGGUCAUGGAGUCAGAUUCAAUAGCAUCUGUGAAGCUAAGGAUUCAGAGUAUCAAGGGGUUUUUCGUGAAGAAGCAGAGGCUUCUGUAUGAUGGUAGAGAGCUAUCUCGAAAUGAUUCCCAAAUUCGAGAUUAUAGUCUUGCUGAUGGGAAGUUGUUGCAUUUGGUUGUUAAAAUUUCAGAUCUCCAAGCCAUUUCUGUAAGAACUGUUGGUGGGAAGGAGUUUGAGCUCGUUGUUGAGAGGAGUAGAAAUGUUGGUUAUGUGAAGCAGCAAAUUGCUUUAAAGGAAAAAGAUCUCGGAAUCCCCAGGGAUCAUGAACUCACAUUAGAUGGUGAGGAGCUAGAUGACCAGAGACUCAUCACUGAUCUCUGUAAAAAGGGAGAGAAUGUGAUUCACUUGCUAAUUAGAAAAUCUGUUAAAGUCAGAGCAAAACCAGUCGGGAAGGAUUUUGAGGUGUUUAUUGAAGAUGUAAAUCAAAAGCACAAUGUGGAUGGUAGCAGAGGAAACAUAUCACCACAAGCAAAGCCUAAAGAGUUCUUCGUGGAGCCUGUUAUUGUUAAUCCUGAAAUUAAGCUGCCUCUAUUGCUCAAAGAGCUUAUCAGCUCCACUUAAGAAGGCUUGGAGAAGGGAAAUGGCCCGAUUCAAUCAUCUGAUGGAUCCGGAGGAGCUUAUUUUAUGCAAGAUCCAUCUGGCCACAAGUAUGUCUCUGUCUUCAAGCCCAUUGAUGAGGAACCAAUGGCUGUGAACAAUCCGCACGGACAGCCUGUUUCAGUUGAUGGCGAGGGACUAAAGAAAGGCACACAGGUCGGUGAAGGAGCUAUCAGAGAAGUAGCAGCCUACAUUUUGGACUAUCCCAUGAAUGGACCACGAACUUUUCCUCAUGACGAAACUGGUUUCGCUGGAGUUCCGCCGACAGCAAUGGUCAAAUGUUUGCACAAAGAUUUCAACCAUCCCAAUGGUUACAAUUUCUCUCCCGAGAACACGAAGAUUGGUUCACUGCAGAUGUUUGUGAGCAAUGUGGGAAGUUGUGAAGAUAUGGGAUACGGAGUAUUUCCUGUCGAUCAGGUUCAUAAGAUAUCGGUUCUAGACAUAAGGCUGGCUAAUGCAGAUCGCCACGCUGGCAACAUUUUGGUUAGCCGAGACGAAAAUGAUGGACAGAUGGUGCUUACUCCAAUCGACCAUGGUUAUUGCUUUCCCAAUAAGUUUGAAGAUUGCACAUUCGAAUGGCUAUACUGGCCUCAAGCAAAACAGCCAUACUCUUCACAAACAUUGGAAUACAUCAAAUCUUUGGACUCUGAGCAAGACAUUGAACUUCUGAGAUUCCAUGGUUGGGAGAUUCCGCCUUCAUGCGCUCGUGUCCUUCGCAUUUCAACCAUGCUUCUCAAGAAAGGUUCUGCAAAAGGUCUCACCCCUUUUACCAUCGGAAGCAUAAUGUGCAGAGAAACACUCAAGAAAGAAUCUGUGAUCGAACAAAUCAUACACGAUGCAGAAGCCAUAGGUUCCCCAGAGACAACAGAAGAGGAGUUUAUCAGCACCGUCUCUGCCAUUAUGGACAACCGGCUCGAGCAGUAUUAGUGGAACUGA